UCACCCAAAAACAUAAGGCAAACACAAACAAUGGAGACUCAACCAAGCUUCUUCAUCCAUCGCGUGAACUAAGCUUCUUCCAUCAAUUCCUUCCUCUUCUUCCAUCGUUCCCCUUCCAUUGUUCCCAUUCCAUCGAUUUCUUCCUCUUCCUCCAUCGCGUGAACUAUUCUCACAAAAAACCCUAAUCCCUUUUCAUCGAUUUACUCGGGUUUGUAAUCAAAACAAAGAUUGAAGCUCUCAACUGGUUGUGAUUGAAGCUCUCAGUUGGUUGUGAUUGAAGGGUAGCAGUACUCACAGGACAGUGUUUCUCAAGCAGUUUUCAUCUAGACGGCUUCUAACUGAACAAAUGAAAAAGGAAGCAAACAACAAGACAAAUAUGAAAUCUCAUGUCAAGAAUCAAAGGGGUGCUUCCAGUUUGGAGCUUCCACAGUUCAAGUCAAGCAAUGAAUUAUUGGCUAAGCGUUACAAAAUCAAGCGUGAGGAGGGAAUGGCCAAUCUUCAACAAACGAAUGCAUCUAUAACUAAAGUUGGAGCUCCUAGUAACAAACAAAAUCAGCCACCAACUACUCAACCGUUCAAGUUAUCUAUGUUUGCAACAACUGCGAAAACAAAUUUGAAUUUGAUUAAAGAGCCAGUCACGAAGCCUAAUCCAAAGAAAAAAAUUUCAGACAAUGCGAGUAGGACUCAACCUAAUGUUAUUGCUGAAAGGAGUGUAGAAAAGGAAGUUUCCAUGAAAAAACACAAAGGGUUGAAGAUUCAAGAUUCAAAAGGGCAAAGUUUGGCUCAAGGUAGAGGACCGGUACCUACACAAAUUCAAGAGCCAAAGGAGCAGCCCAUGAAAAAAACAAUGAUUGAAGAUGGAUCAAUGGAAAGACAGCAAACUGGGAAAAACAAUUAUGUUGGAAAUGGUAGUUUGAAGGCCAAGGAGCAGCCUAGGAAAAGGGUAGUAGUGUCUGGAGAUGAGUCAAGGGUAAAAGAGAAACCUUUGAAAAGGAUAGUUGUUGAAGAUGACUCAAGGGCAAGGCAGGAAAGUGCUAGAAAGAAGUCAAAAAGAACCCCUUUGUGUCCAUCAAUGUUAAUUGAUGACUACCUUAAGAAAAAUGGAAAAGAUGUUGAAAACGAGAUCCGGAAUUUAAUUGAAGAUGAGGGAGACGUUGUUAUGGAAGAACAAGAAGAAAAUGUGGAUUGUGAAGAAGCUGCUGAAACAAAUGAGACAACUAAGAAAAGAACUCGGGGACCAACACUGUGUUUAAAAAUAUAUGCAAGGUCUCUCAAACAACGUGAAGAAGUUACUCUAGACGAUGACGGAGAUGUAAUUGGACCCGAUGACAAAACUGUUGCAGAAUUUGCCAAUUUCCUUGGCUCUAUAGCAAGGAAUUCAGAUUUCUGUCCCUUGAUCUAUACAAACUUCAAAGAGAUGCUGAAAAAGGAAACAAAAAAUGAUCAUAUGGACCGUAAGGAACGUAUAUGGAGAUUUGUUAAUAGGAAGUACAUUAUUCCUGAUGAAGGACAAAAAGUGGUGUUUAUUACAAUAAAUAGGGCUUGGAGACACCAUAAGUGCGAUAUGAAAAAAAAACAUUUUCUGAAAUACACUAGUAUGAAGGAGAGAUUAAAAAAUCGUCCUGAGAGCAUAUCUGAAAAUCAUUUCAAGAAACUGUUGAUAUAUUGGAAAGAUAGCAAUGUCCAAGCCAUUAGCCAAAAAAAUGCAGUUAAUAGGAGCAAGCAAAAGUUUAGGCAUCGUGUGGGACCAACGAACUUUGCUAGAAUUCGUGCAAAAAUGCGGGCUAAGAAGGAUGGAGAAGUCACCCAAGCUGAGGUGUUUAUUGAAACUCGCAAAAGUCAAAGAGGAAAAGAAGUUGAUGGAGAAACACAAGUUGCUAUAAAACAUUUCACUCACUAUUUGGGAAAGAAAAGCCUGGUAGUGUUCGUUGUCAUGGAAAAACUGCCACACCAUCAUCAUUAA